AUGUCGCACACAAGGACGGCGAGAGCAUCACGCACUUAUACUCAGAACACGCCGCCGUCUGCACACAUCCCCGGGGCCCCAAAGCCCCUCACUCACAGACGCGCCCCAACUCACUUCCGGCCGGGCGCGGGCUUGGCGGCCGCAACAUUCCACCACAACCCUCGCCAAAUCACCCUGUCGAAGCCAACCCUGGUCCAGCUAGAAAAGACUAUCAAAGCAGGCUGGGCAUCGAGCACCCUGAAGGGUUAUAGCGCAGUAGUGGAGAGGUACAUCAAGUUCUGCGUCUCAGAACGCAUCCCGGAAGUCGACCAGUUCCCGGCGCAAGAAUUAGCUCUAUGCGCGUUUGUCGCCAAGGGCGCCGGCCAGCUCGCAGGGGGCACUGCACGGAAUUGGAUAGCGGCGUUGAAGGCCUGGCACACCGCUCAGAACGCACCAUGGCUGGGAGGGACGCGGCUCCAAUACACAGUCAAAGGCGUAGAGAACCUCCGACCGAAGAGUUCCCGCAAACCGGCACGUGUACCAGUAACCCGCGAUAUGCUGCGCUGCCUACACAAAACACUGAACUUCGAGUCUUCCUUUGAUUCAGCGGUUUACGCGGCUGCCUGCGUCCUGUUCUGGGACCUUCCCCCCACACGAUGUCUUACGCGCUGA